CACAAGAAACCAUUUUCUCCACACGCAAACCUUCUCUCGGCAGCGCUCUCAUCAGUACAAUCACCACCAGCGCGCAGAAUCUGAACAUCGAUUUUCCAAGGGAUCUUGAAUUCAGACGGUUACCCCGAUGCCUGACCAACAGGCGCACCCUGCAGGUCAACCUGCAGUUUCACUGCCCACAGAUCAACCUGAGCUCUACUCUCCUAGGUCAUACCAGGAGAUUUCAGGUGCAGACAAUAAUGAACUCGAUGGCUCCGUUUCGGAGGCGAUGCAUACGAGAUUAGCAGGGCCCACCAGAAACAACGAAACCGACACCAACGAAGCCGAAUCUGUGAAAUCCCACGACUCAAUUGAAUAUUCACCUCGUCUUCCUGACCCUUUUCCUUCUACAAUUCCCAGUGACACCGCAGUAAAUCCCGCAGCACCCGGACCAGUCGCACCAGAAACGGAUAUCACUAUGAAAGGCGCUGAGGAUGAGGGGUCGGAGGGUCCACAGAGAAAAAUUAAACAAGAGGAGGCAUCCUCCGAGUUAGAUCUUAACUAUCCACCUCCCGCAGAUGCAACGAGCCAAACGAAGGCACCGGCCGAGAGAGUGAAGAAGCCUAUCGAUCCAGAUUUCCUUGAGGCAGCGCAAGAGAACAAGGGCAAUCCAGAUUCGGAGUGGCAAUUCUCCUCAGACGACGAAGUCAGUGACGAGGAGGCAUUAUCAGAGGUAUUAUCGGCAGAUGAAGAGGAUAGCGAUGAGGAAGGGUGCUACUCUCCUAUGAAUGCGGCAGAGAUGGCCCAGCUAUUAAUGCGGGAGGAUGGCGGUUAUGAAAACUCCCCCUCCGUUUGCACCCCACACCGCACCAAAAAUGAGCUUGCAGAGGAUGAGGCAGAACCCGACAAGCCGAAUAUUUUACUUACGCAAGAUAUGGCAAUCAAACCUGUCGGUUUUGUCAAAUCGGUUGUGGGAAAGUUGGUCCUUAUCGAGGCUUCUGAUCCGGGACACCAACGGGUUUUGGGGGAAGGUUCUGUGCUGGCACUUGAAGAUCGUACUAUCUUGGGAGUUGUCGAUGAAGUCCUUGGCCGUGUUGAAAUGCCAUUAUACACUGUCCGAUUCAAGAGUCCGGAAGAGAUUGAGGAGCUUGGUGUAAAUGUGGAGCGCAAGGUAUUCAGCGUGGUACAGCACAGCGAAUUUGUCUUCACACAGCCAUUGAAAGCGAUGAAGGGCAGCGAUGCAAGCAAUCUCUAUGAUGAGGAGGUUCCUAUUACAGAGCAAGAGUUUUCAGAUGAUGAGGCAGAAGCAGAACAUAAGAAAUCCUUGAAGGAAGCACGGCAAGAGAAACGGGGUGACCGUGGCAGCGGCCGCGGUGACAGUGGUGGUGGUAGCACUCGCGGCAGAUAUGGCGGCGGCCGUGGUUGGGGGUCAAGAGAGCCGGUUCCGAUCCACAUAGAUGAGCCAUACAUUCCUCUAGCUCGUCCAGCAAAUCUACAAGAAAUGUACAUGUCGCCACCCCCCCCUCCUCCCAGUACCCGCGGGGGACAGAGAGGCAGCAACCGCAAGAGAGGCGACAAGGGCAGGAGUAGAGGCAGUCACCGCAGUAAGGAUUCUUUUGCUGGAAGAGGCGGUCGCAGAGGUAGUCACUCCCAAAGCGACUAUGACAGACCCCAGUCAUCCUCCCCGGUCCCCACAUUUGGCCCCCAACCGAACCAACCAUCUCCAAAUUUCCAACAACCCUAUCCCUACACUUUCCCACCCCGGUGGCCAGCCCCGGAGCAGCAAGCUGAGUUCAUCCGGCUCAUGCAAGGGCAGACUAGCCAAUGGCCCAGCACCCACCAGUUCCCAAUGGGCCCGCCAUUCUCGUUAGCCCCACACCCGCAACACCAGCAAUUCCAGCAGCAGCAAGCGGUAUAUCAAACUCAGCAGCAGCAGGGAUCACACUUCGCCGGUCAAUCAAACCCCCAACAACAGCAAUUCCGUAAUCUCCCAACGGGGGCAUACAUUAAUCCGGCCUUCUGGGGCAGACAAGGCCAAGCUCCCCAGGCCCAGGCCUCCCAAGCUCACACUAACUCCAACCCCCCAGCACCCACCCAGCAAAUUCCCGGCUCGGCACAUGAAACCGCCACCACGAGGACCGUUAGGGAGUCGCUUGAGAUCUUGAAAAACUUGUCCAAGUGAAAGCCUUCAAGCUCAUGUCCCCCCUUUCUAUUGGCCGCACUGUUUUUAUACUUUAUUUUCUUCUGAUUUAAGCUUUUACAGUACGAUAGAUGCAUAACCAAUAGGCCAACCUCUAUGAACUUAUCAUGCGUGUUCAAGGUUAUUGUGAGCGAUGUAAAGCGGGACGCUCGUGGGUAUGAGUUGGCAUGAUUAGCUCAAAAAGCCUUAAUUGGUGGUCAUCCCUUAAGGUACGACACGUGACUGUUAUAUUUAUCGGCGGCGCUCGUAUAUAUAUAUAUAUCUAGCUAAAAUAUCAAGAAAUGACCAGGACUAUGCCCAAAAGAA